UUUGAACAAAAACAUAAGAAGUGGGCGACGCAACGGCUUGUUGUGAAGCUGCCCAUUUUGUUGUGAUUACGUGGAAAUCAGACAGAAGCAACCCUGACAGGAGAUCCGCAUGCGAACUCACAAGACAAGUCCAAUAUGCUCCAAAACUCUCGGCGUUUCCCCGUUUCCAUAAGCGAAGGCCGGCUUUUGCAGCUGGAAAACUAUUUGACUCAUAUAGCCAACACACGUCGAGACGUAGGCUAUUUGUCAUAUUGUGCCAGUGGUCACAUGGCUUUGGCCCUCAGGAAUGGAUGGAGAUGGAUCCCCCACGUCAGCUUGUACGUCUAAGGCUUUCUGCUCCAGCAGUCUGUCUCAAAGUGGCUGGAGCGCAGAGUCGCGCAGGAACAAUGCGAGGAUUAUUACCAUAGAACGACCCCAGCAGCAGAAUAUGGAUUUUGAUGAACGGAUGCCUGGUUCCAGUAUGUAUCUACCAAGCUGCACUUAUUAUGUCUCCGGAGCGGACUUCUCGGGUCUCCCUCACUAUUUAACCCAGAACCAGUCCUCCUGCCCCGUCACUUACUCGUACCAGUCCUCAGCGCUCACACAGGUUCCGUCAGUGAGAGACGUGGCUUUCAGAGACUAUGGCAUUGAUGCUUCCAGUAAAUGGCACCACACCAGGGGGAGUCUCUCGCACUGCUACGCCGAGGACGUCGCGCACAGGGACGGCUGGGCACCCCCCACCUCCAGGGGGCCAGAGAUCCUGGUGAAAGGCGGCCACUCCGGCUCGUCUAACCCGACCCCGGGAUUCUGCGGUAAUGUCGGCAGGAACGGCGUCUUGCCGCAGGCGUUCGAUCAGUUCUUUGACACGGCGUACGGGAGUGGGGCGGGCGGCGCCGCUCCGGCUGCAGUGGACUCAGACAGAGGCGGAAAAACGAGCCCGGCUCAGGCUCACCCGGGGUCGGACACGGCGGAGAGCUGCAGCCCGGAGUCACCGUCCGGCCACAGCGAGGAGAAGCAGAGCAGGAGCGGCAGCAGUGGCCAGAGGACGCGCAAAAAGAGGUGCCCGUACACAAAGUACCAGAUCAGGGAGCUGGAGAGGGAGUUCUUCUUCAGCGUUUACAUCAACAAGGAGAAGCGACUGCAGCUCUCCCGGAUGCUUAAUCUGACGGACCGCCAGGUGAAAAUCUGGUUUCAGAACAGGAGGAUGAAAGAGAAGAAACUGAACAGAGACCGUUUACAGUACUACAGCACAAACCCUCUGCUCUGAAAAAGUCCCAAACAAAAACCAAAACAAAGACUGCUGCCGAGCGCCCUCACACCAAAUCAGGAAAAAGGACUUGUUCAUAUUUUUAUUAUUUUGAAAUUCUAAAAAAUCUUUAAAUAAU